UGCUGCAAACGCCCAAGUAAUGCAUUUUGAGGCGUCAGUUGCCGCUCUGGGAGCUGCCGUUUCGGACGUCUCGGAGUGCUACUAACUAAUCAUCAUGCCGGUGUUGUCGACGCCUCUCCCCGCGGAUCUGUUGAACGCGGAGCCUACGCUGGGCACCGCUGCGCCUUGGCGCCUAUCUAUCGCCUUCAUGAAUAUGCCUCCUCCACAGGAACCCAUCGAUCUCACUCUGGAGGUGAGACAGCUGGUGCAGGAGUUGUUCCGCGACGCGAACUGCGUCACUCGCCCGGAGCGCGCUAUGAUCGUCAAGUUCAUCACCGGCAAUAGGCACAAUCCAUGCCCUGCUUACGGUCACCUGGCGUCGAUUAAGUUGUCAUCACACCUUCGUAAUUACACACAAUUUGACAACACUAACAUCCAGCUGUUCGAAGAGGAGCACUUCGAGAUGAACUUCCUCACAGGACAAUGGAGACGCGUCAAGAAACAUCGCCGUGUGGAGUAGGCACUUGAACGUCAUGUCCCUAACUUAACUUCACCUUACCCCAACUUUUCAUCCUAUUCCAAACCCACUUCAAUGACGUUUAAUAUAUAUAUUAUUCA